UUCUUGGGCAACACGUUAAGCAAAGACCUAUUAGAAUCUUCCAUCACCCUCUUACUCUUCCCAUUUCUUAGGGGCGAAAAGAAAAACUCAGUAGCACAUUUCCACGUUCCCUUCUUCUCUCUUCUCUCUCUCUCCAUCUUCAUAUUCUCUUUCUACAACUCACACCACGUUCUCCUCUCUCUCUCUCUCUCUCUCUCUCUCUACGCUACAUCAAAUCUCAGGUAUAUAUUUUGAUUUGUACCGGUUGAAGAGAAGCCUGCUUAAGUUGAACGCAAAAUGCAAAGAGUAACGGUGAUUCAGAGAUUUUCUAAAACUUUCCGUGAUAAUCCUUCGCUUUCUAAGCUGCUCAUUGUUUUUACUGUCAGUGACAGUGGUGGAGGUCUUGUGGCAUACUCUGAGGCAGCAAAAUCGUAUGACAAUUCUAAUGCUGGAGAGUUAGUUGAGGCCAACAACAGAAAAAAGAAAAUUGUUGUCCUUGGAACUGGUUGGGCUGGAACCAGUUUCUUGAAGAAUCUGAAGGAUCCUUCAUAUGAUGUCCAAGUGAUAUCUCCAAGAAAUUACUUUGCAUUCACCCCUUUGCUGCCAAGUGUUACAUGUGGCACAGUAGAAAGUCGCAGCGUUGUUGAGCCAAUACGCAACAUUAUCAGGAAGAAACAUGUAAAUGGUUAUUACUGGGAAGCUGAAUGUAUCAAAAUUGAUCCAGAAAACAAGAAAGUAUAUUGUCGAUCAAAUCUAAACAUCAACGGGAAUGGGAAGGAAGAGUUUGCUGUAGAUUAUGACUAUCUUGUAAUUGCCACUGGAGCCCGUGUAAAUACAUUCAACAUUCCUGGUGUUGAAGAGAACACUUUCUUCUUGAAGGAAGUAGAAGAUGCUCAAAAGAUCCGUAGAACUGUCAUUGACUGUUUUGAGAAGGCAAGUCUGCCUACCCUCAGUGAUGAGGAGAGAAAGAGGCUGCUUCACUUUGUUAUUGUUGGUGGUGGACCAACUGGUGUGGAGUUUGCGGCGCAGCUUCAUGACUUUGUCAAUGAAGAUAUAGUAAGGCUGUAUCCUAGAGUCAAAGAUUUGGUGAAGAUUACACUUCUCGAGGCAACAGAUCAUAUUUUGAACAUGUUUGACAAAAGAAUUACUGCAUUUGCCGAAGAAAAAUUCCAAAGAGAUGGUAUUGAUGUGAAAACAGGGUCAAUGGUUGUGAAGGUAGGAGAAAAAGAAAUUUGUACCAAGGAUGUCAAGCGUGGAGAAAUAACUUCUAUGCCUUAUGGAAUGGCUGUCUGGUCUACUGGUAUUGGAACUCGUCCGGUAAUUAUGGAGUUUAUGAAGCACAUUGGUCAGGGAAACAGACGAGUGUUAGCAACUGAUGAGUGGCUACGUGUUGAGGGACAGGACAGCGUAUAUGCGCUUGGCGAUUGUGCAACAAUCAAUCAGCGUAAAGUCAUGGAAGAUAUUGCUGCUAUAUUUCAUAAAGCAGACAAGGAUAACUCCGGAACACUUACAGUCAAAGAAUUUCAGGAAGUCCUCGAUGACAUUUGUGAAAGAUACCCGCAGGCGGAGCUUUACUUGAAAAAUAAAAAAAUGAGUAAUCUUGUUGAUCUCUUGAAAGAAUCAAAAGGUGACGGUGUUAAAGAAUCAGUUGAGGUGAACAUUGAAGAAUUUAAAUCAGCACUAUCCCAAGUGGAUACUGAUAUGAAGAAUCUUCCAGCAACAGCUCAGGUUGCAUCUCAGCAAGGUGUCUACUUAGCUAAAUGCUUUAAUCGUAUGGAGGAAUGUGAAAAAAAUCCGGAAGGUCCUCUUCGAUUUAGAGGAGAAGGCCGCCAUCGAUUUCACCCAUUCAGGUACCGACAUUUGGGACAGUUUGCACCUUUGGGAGGAGAGCAAACAGCAGCACAACUUCCAGGAGAUUGGGUUUCAAUUGGUCAUAGCAGUCAGUGGCUCUGGUAUUCUGUCUAUGCUAGCAAACAAGUCAGUUGGCGUACAAGGGCAUUGGUUGUAUCUGACUGGUUGAGGCGGUUCAUAUUUGGAAGAGACUCGAGCCAGAUUUAAGGUGUUAUGCCCCCGAAUGUGUCAUAGGAGCUCCUGUGGAUUUAUCUUUAAAUUCUAUUAGGCUGUUGGCAAGAGUUUUUUGAUUGUGAAUCCUGACGGAUUUGUUUGUUUAAUUCUUUUUGCAACUCCUUGGCACUGGUUGUUUGUGGGUGUUCUGUCACUCCAGUUUUGCAGCUACACGGAGUACUAAACCAUAGAGAACCCAAUUUUCUGUAAUUGCAUCUUAAUAAAGGUGAGAUGAACAACAUCAAUAGGAGGGUUGCUAAAUUGUAAUUUGAAUUUUCCCAAAUAUUGCUCAGGUGUUCUAUUUUGAACAACAUUCAGCUAAGCCUUUUGAUGCCA